CUGAGCAGUCUGCAACCUAUCCAGACACCGCCGACCGGAUCACUUUGGAAUAUAUACUCCUCAUCUACAACUCUCCAUCUGCUCUCCAGCGCUCCACCGAGUUUGGUUUGAGAGCAUCUGAGACAAGAAACUCUCUCUUUCUGUUUUUGCUUUACAUUUUUUUUAAUGAAUUGGUCUGUAGUCUUUCCCCAAACUCGUAGUUGCCCAUUUUUCCAAAUGCUCCGUCUGCCAGUCUGGCUUUGCAUGUGGGUAUAGCCGGUGAUUUCAGCCUGCGUCCAGGUGGUGCACGGGAAAGGGUUGCACAGGGGAUAUUUUAUCUUUAAUAAUUUAUCUUUUUUGGAAGCGCGUCCACUAUUUUUCCCCCACAAUGGCUGAUGCAAACGCAGAAUGCAAUAUCAAGGUGUUGUGUCGGUUCCGUCCUCUUAAUAAGUCAGAAAUUAUCCGCGGAGAUAAGUUCAUCCCAAUAUUUCAAGGAGAAGACACUGUCAUCCUCGGGGGGAAGCCCUACGUGUUUGACCAGGUGUUCCCCACGAAUGCCACUCAGUUACAGGUCUACAACACCUGCGCCAAGCAGAUCGUGAAAGAUGUACUGGGUGGAUACAAUGGGACCAUCUUUGCCUAUGGGCAGACAUCCUCUGGAAAAACACACACUAUGGAGGGGAACCUACACGAUCCCCAGGGAAUGGGAAUCAUCCCCCGCAUCGCAGAGGACAUUUUCGAACAUAUAUUUGCUAUGGAUGAGAACCUAGAGUUUCACAUAAAGGUCUCCUACUUUGAGAUCUACAUGGAUAAAAUCCGGGAUCUGCUGGAUGUGACAAAAACCAAUCUGUCGGUGCAUGAAGACAAAUACAGAGUUCCUUAUGUGAAGGGCUGCACGGAGCGCUUUGUCACAAGCCCAGAGGAAGUGAUGGAUGUCAUAGAUGAAGGGAAGGCCAACCGUCACGUUGCAGUCACCAACAUGAAUGAGCACAGUUCCCGCAGUCACAGCAUCUUCCUGAUAAACAUCAAACAAGAACAUGUGGAGACAGAACAGAAGCUGUGUGGGAAGCUGUACCUGGUCGACCUAGCUGGGAGUGAGAAGGUCAGUAAGACAGGUGCGGAGGGAGCAGUGCUGGAUGAGGCCAAGAACAUCAACAAGUCUCUGUCUGCCCUGGGGAACGUCAUCUCAGCUUUGGCCGAAGGAACGAAAUCCCACGUACCGUACCGUGACAGCAAGAUGACUCGCAUCUUACAGGACUCGCUGGGCGGGAACUGCCGCACCACCAUGUUCAUCUGUUGCUCUCCCUCCAGCUACAACGAUGUAGAGACCAAGUCCACCUUGAUGUUUGGCCAACGAGCCAAGACCAUCAGAAAUACUGUAUCAGUGAACCUGGAGCUCACAGCAGAGCAGUGGAAGAAGAAGUACGAAAAGGAAAAGGAGAAGAACAGGUCAUUGAAGGAGACUGUUCAAAGACUGGAGGCUGAGCUGAACCGCUGGAGGAAUGGUGAGGAUGUUGUUGCGUCAGAGGAUCUGAGCCCAGAAUCUGAGGACGUCCCCCUGGUGCCUCCCGAAUCCGAGGAGCCGCUCCCUGACAUCUGCAGCCCCUGCAGCCCUUGCUCAGUUGCCUCUUCCAUUGUGGUUCACAUCUCUGAGGAGGAGCGGCAGAAAUAUGAGGAGGAGAUCCGCAAGCUUUACAAACAGCUGGAUGAUAAGGAUGAUGAGAUCAACCACCAGAGCCAGAUGGUGGAGAAACUGAAGGAGCAGAUGCUCGACCAGGAGGAGCUCCUGGCAUCAUCCAGGGGAGACAGCGAGAAGGUGCAGUCUGAGCUCGGCAGGCUGCAAACGGAGAAUGAACACGCUAAGGCUGAGGUGAAGGAGGUCCUUCAGGCCCUGGAGGAGCUGGCAGUCAACUACGACCAGAAGAGCCUGGAGGUUGAGGAGAAAAGCGUGCAGAAUAAGCUGCUGGCUGAAGAGCUCGCAAAGAAAAUGGCUCACCUCAUGGCUUUGGAGGCAGAGCUGUCCCGUAUCCAGGAAGUGAGCAGCCACCAAAGGAAACGUAUCGCAGAGAUUCUCAAUGGCCUGAUGAGGGACCUGAGUGAGUUCAGCACCAUUGUUGGAAACAGGGACAUCAAGCUGCCCAUGGAGAUCACUGGUGCGAUCGAGGAGGAGUUCACAGUGGCCCGCCUUUACAUCAGUAAGAUAAAAUCAGAGGUGAAGUCCAUGGUGAAGCGCUGCCGCCACCUUGAGAACCUUCAGAUGGAGUGUCACCGCAAGAUGGAGGAGACGGGUAGAGAGCUUUCCUCCUGUCACCUCCUCAUUUCCCAGCACGAGGCAAAGAUACGCUCUCUGACGGAGUACAUGCAGAAUGUGGAGCUGAAGAAGAGGAAGCUGGAGGAGAACUAUGACUCUCUGAGUGAGGAGCUGGCCAAACUCCAAGCUCAAGAGAGCAUGUCACAAGUGACUAGCGGGCAGAACCAGUCGUCCAUCCAGGAUUCCUGUGAUAUAAAGAGGGCUCUGGAGCAGCAGAUGGAGUCACACCGUGAGUCGCACAGCAAACAGCUUGGCCGCCUGCGAGACGAGAUCAAUGAGAAGCAGAAGAUCAUCGACCACUUAACUGAUUGUAACCAGAAGCAGCAUCUGGAGUUGGAGCAACUGCACUGUGACUUUGAACGUCUCAGGAGCCAAGAGCAUCACAAGAGCCGACAGCUGGAGGAACUGACAUUUCUCCAUGAGCGACAUGAGCAAUCAAAGCGGGACCUCAAAGGGCUGGAAGAGACUGUUGCUCGUGAGCUCUACACCCUGCACAACCUCCGCAAGCUUUUUGUCCAAGACCUCACGACUCGAGUGAGAAAAAGUGCACAGAUGGAGCCUGAUGAUAGCGGGGGAUACAUCACCCAGAAACAGAAGAUUUCCUUUCUUGAAAACAACCUGGACCAGCUUACAAAGGUUCACAAACAGCUGGUGCGUGACAACGCAGAUCUUCGCUGUGAGCUUCCAAAACUGGAGAAACGUCUUCGUUCUACAGCUGAGCGAGUUAAGGCCCUGGAGGGUGCGCUGAAGGAGGCCAAGGAGGGAGCCAUGAAGGAUCGGCGCCGCUACCAGCAGGAGGUGGAGCGUAUCAAAGACGUGAUGAGGACUCGCAAUCCCUUCCGCCGGCCACAUGCUGCACAGAUAGCCAAGCCUGUGCGUGCUGGCCACUAUCCAGUGUGCUCUCCCACCAACCCGUUCUUCAUCAGAGGCUACAGUGAUCACCCUCUUCCCUUCUGCAAAGCCGAUUUCCACAACAACAGCAACAACCAGCAACAGGUGGCUGCCCCUGAUUCUCCCACAACACCAGAGAGUCCGGAGCCCAGACUACCAGAGGACAACUCCAACCAGAACAGCCCCUCCAAACACCUCGACCCCCAAAGCAACGAUUCACACGACAACGACGCUCAGGACAACAUGCCUCCAGCUGAACCGCCGAGCCAAACAGACAAGAGCACCGCAGAGAUGCUUGAUUCAGAAAAUGGAAACACCACAGAUAUCAAUGACAACAGCAUGUGUCUGAAUGUGAAUUCUGUGUCCAGAACUGAUGUCUGCGACAAUCAGGACCCAGCCAAACUCUACAGCCUGCAGCCCGAGGCCUCAGCUAGCUAAUAGUCUUGAGCAGGCAGACGCUUUUUCUGAGGCCUCCUCUGUAAAUCUGCAUGCAGCUGAUCACUGUCCACUCAGCCUCCCCCUCCCCUCUCACUCUCACCUGCUGUAAACAGACCUCUUUCUCCCUUCUCUCCUUCCCCUUGCUUGCUCCUCUUUAGUCCCUUCUCCUUCCUGUGUACAAUGAUGUGGGGUGUGUGUGGGUAUCUGUACGAUCCAUGGCAAGCACUGCAUCUCAAAUGCCCGACUUUGCAGCUUACACCCAUGCUGCUACACACCCUCCCCCCAUGAAAACAAAGGGACCACAAAUAGAAAGGUGGGGAAGAGGUGCAGUGUUGAAGGUAACCACUAGGGUGUGCUGUUUGUCUCAGCGAGGGCAUCACAGUGGACAUAAUGUCAGUGUGUUCAACAGUAAGAUGAGGGUAGUCUUUAUCAUUAUUAUUAUUAAUAAUAAACAUACAUAUGGACUGGAAAACUCCAAGUUAAACAACAUAAAAACAGAGUGAACUAAGUACUAGUAUUUAUAUUUUUGACUGCAUGUUGAUUUUUGAUGUUGGUCUUCAGCUUUUCUCUGAAAAUAAAUGAAAGAGGGAAGAAAGCGUGGGAGGCAACAUUACCGUGAAACUGUCUCAGUCUAAAAUUACACUCUAAGUCAAUAUAAAUGGGGAAAUCAGUCUUAAAAAUGUGUUGUGUUUGAAAGAUGAGGCUACCAUUAUUCAGUGUUUUUGUUAUUGUCCACAAAUCUUAUGAAAAGACCAAAACCAACAAUGCGUUGCUCUGUCUCAGUGUUCCCGACUUGAUCAGCCUGCCUGUGGCUCUCAGUUUAACUGAAAAUGUAUAAUAAAUCUUUAAAAACAGGGCUUGAAUAUAUUGUUUCAUUUGCUCAGUAAUUUCCCCAGAACAACACAACACUGCAGUUUUACUUCUAUAACAGGAGUAAACAGCACAUUUGUUUGGGACUAUGUUCAGCCAAGGAUUUACACACAUUUGGUGUGCUAGUGAGGUUGCAUUGUCACCUCACAGGUUUCUAGUUCGAACCCUGGGGUGGGGGAGCCCUUCUGUGCGGAGUCUGCAUGUUCUCCCCGUGUCAGUGUGGGUUUUCUCCCACAGUCCAAAAACAUGCAGGUUAGACUGUAGGUGUGAAUGUGAGCGUCAAUAGUUGCCUCUCUCUGUGUUAGCUCUGGCUACCUGUCCAGGUACACCACCUCCUGUCCAAUGUCAGCUGGGAUAGGCUCCAGCACCCCCAUGACCCCUAACAGGAUAAGCCGUUAAGAUAAAUGAAUGAAUGAAUGACUGUCUAAAUUAUGGACAUAGCCACCAUGAUGUCACCCACUGGUUUGUGGACUCCCAUUUUGAAGCCUCAAAUUUGGCAUUUUGUACAUCACCAUCUUAGUUUUUGGAGCCAGAAGUGAUGAGAAGUGAGAAUUUUCGGACACAAGGGUGGGGAUAACCAUAACGCCAGCUGCUAGCUUGGUUAGCAUGGCACAUUUACAGCUAUGGUUAACUGUGAUAAAGCUAAUGCAAUGUUGUAAAAGUGAUUUUGCCAGUGAAAAACAAGCUCCAAAUCAUUCAUACAAAAUGUACUCACAAGAAAAACUGAACAUCCGACUGUUUAGAGGGUCGACCAAAACUUUCAUGGACUGAAAACACACUGAAAUGGCGACAUCUACUGCUACAUCUAUACUCUCUGAAUCUGGGGUUACACUAUGGUUACCUUACCUUACCAACGUUAUCACCGUGGUGGCAACUUGUCAGCAGGUGUCACCCACCACAGCCGUGCCAUAUUAAUAAAAUUUAAACAUUUAUAAAAAUUAACCCCAGCGCAGUUGUCAUCAAUGUUUAAACUAGCUAUAGACACCAAAAUGUUUUCUGCACCAGGCUGUUGUAAAGUUGGCCAUUUUAGCAUGGGGGUCUAUGGGGAUUGACUCGCUCUUGGAGCCAGCCUCAAGUGGCCGUUAGAGGAACUGCAGUUUUUGAUGCUCCUGCAUUGGCUUCAUUUUUCAGCCCUGCGGGUUGCUGCUUGGGUUUUACAGCAGCAGAAUGGUGAAUGAAGAACGACUCAAAAUAAACUGCAGUGCCCAUAUUCAUGGUAAUGAAGAAAUGUGUCAGCCAGUGCAGCUGUGUGACUCACUGAUGUGUUUUUGGAAACAAUGGUGGUUGCUGGCACAGAGAAACAAGCUUCUAUAUAUAUCAAGUUUUACAUACCAUACCUGCAUUGUUGGUUUGUGUCUUUUCACAGGAUUUUGUUGACAACAAAAUAAAGAAUAUCAUCAGACUUUACCCUUAAAGUGAUACACUGGAAAGUCUCAACUUAAAUUAAAUAUUGUUAAUCUGCAAAUGUUUCCCUUCCAUCCCAAAAACAUCAGGCUAAUUACAAUACUGUAUGAAUUUUUAGAAAUAGUGUCAGUAGUCAUAGUAACAAUAUAGCCCAUAAUGUUUUCUCAAAUCUAGGCAACUGUUGCCAUGUAGGUAGACCAACCACACUAAACUAAAAUAAACACACACACACCUGCCGAAUGAAACUUGGCCGAGCCUUAAUUUAGACGAUAGAUGAUUUCACACAUUUGACUUUUUUUUACACAAAUUAAACAAAGAAAAAUUAAGUUUAUAUACAGGACUAUCUUUAACUCCUCAAGACUCUUCAGGACACUACAGUUUUAUAUUUUGGUACCCUUGAAAGAUAUAUUUCAGAUACUUACAUUCCACAAUAACAAAGUUUCUCUCUUGUUAGAUAAAGAUAAGUAGUCAAACAAAUAACCCCUUAACCUAUAAACGGUCUAGCAACUUUUGGAUGACACUUUCACAUCAAGACAUUUUCAAUCUUAAAGCUUCAGAUGGCUCUGGUAUCGCCACUAUCUCACCAAGUGCAGGAAGAACCACAGCGCUAAAAGAGGAAGUUGGUUACAAUAUUGUUUAAAAUAAAACAUUCAAAUAUUCAGUGGUUAAAAUCAGUCACCACAACAUGUCUGACUCGCACUGGUUUAAACCAGUCUGACAAGCGAACUUUGUCUGAGCCCCAAGUGAAGUGUAAAACACAUGAUAGCUGAUUGUUUUUAAAAGACUGGCUGUGUUAUAGCAGAGAGACUUAAAGCUGUAAAUCAUCCCUACUAAAAAACUGCCUGUCAGGGAUCGUCUGUGAGACAUUCAGUCAUUGUCAUGUCAGCCAAAAGCAUGGCAGAGUGAAGAAAAAAAGAAUUGUGUAGCAACUAUUUUUAUACUGCUAGUUCUAAUUUAAAAGAAAUAUAUAUUAUUUAUCAUUUGCUCUAUUUUAAAUGUAUUUAUUUGCUGUUUAUUCCUAAUUCACAGCAGUUGUUGAAUGUGAAGCAUUUGCAUUUGUUUUGUGCUUUGAAUGUUCUGGGUUUUAGAUUUCCAAUGUUUUGUCACUGAAUGAAAAUGCGUGCACGUGAGCAGCUGCCGUUCCAAUAUGAAUUUGUUCAGGAGAGGACUAAUCCUACGGCUCUUUAUGAACCACCUCAAAUUGAAACCAAAGCCCUGAUUGUAGUGAGUCAUUUAAAGACGUCUAUAUAAGCUCUGACGGAGGCAUUAACCAAGGGUUACUGUAGGUUAUCAGCUGAUACAGCCCUGUCUUAUCCCUCUGACACACACACUCACACACACACACAGAUAUCGCAACUCAUCAGCUAAUGAGGUGUUGGAUCUUUGACCCCCCCCCAAAUACAGAUAUAUUGCAUAUACUGUGUUACUUGGGUGCAGCCUGAGGUAUCUGAGCAGAUAAGUUGAUUGACUGUCAACACACACACGCACUGAUGAUCACGCCGCUCUUCAAACUCCCGUUGACCUCCUGAUCAGCCAGUCAGGAUGAGAGAGUCAAGGGUGACAGUGGAUGGACUCUAUGUGUGUGUGUGUGUGUGUGUGUGUGUGUGUGUGUGUGUUUGUUUUGGGAAAGAACAGGAGCUGUAUCCUCUUGGCGGGGUCUUUCACUUUUUGACUUUCUGCGAUCCUAUUAAGAAAACAGAUCAGUAACGCUUCAGAUUACCGCCUGCAAAUUACAGUCUAGAUAUUUUUUUAAUACUGAUGGAGUAUUACGGGCGGCACGGUGGUGUGGUGGUUAGCACUCUCGCCUCACAGCAAGAGGGUUGCCGGUUCGAUCCCGGGCGUGGGAGCCCUUCUGUGCGGAGUUUGCAUGUUCUCCCCGUGUCAGCGUGGGUUCUCUCCGGGCACUCCGGCUUCCUCCCACAGUCCAAAGACAUGCAGAUUGGGGAUUAGGUUAAUUGAUAACUCUAAAUUGUCCGUAGGUGUGAAUGUGAGCGUGAAUGGUUGUUUGUCUCUAUGUGUCAGCCCUGCGAUAGUCUGGCGACCUGUCCAGGGUGUACCCUGCCUCUCACCCGAUGUCAGCUGGGAUAGGCUCCAGCCCCCCCGCGACCCUCAAGAGGAUGAAGCGGUUAGAAGAUGAACGAAUGAAUGAAUGGAGUAUUACAGGGUAUGCAUGAGGGAAGAAGUGUGCAAGGUUACAAAUUUGUGUUUAGGGUGGACCUUAAAGGUGCAAUAUAUGACAUCUGAGUGUCUCUGUUUGUUGUUUUGGUAGAUGGUCUGGCUGUGUGUGCAAUGUUGGAGCAUGUAAGUCUCUCCUUUCAUGUCCCACUGGCUAGCUAAUGGCUGCCACUCUGCACUGCGCUCAUAUGAAGCUGAUAACACCUUCCCGACCCACAUUGGUAAACUAGCAUCGUUACGGAAAUAAUGUCCACCCUCUCCCCCCCCUCCAGUGAACACUUUUGAAAACACUGUUAACUCAAUCAACACUGUUGCCAUUGUUAGCACUGUUGACGGUGUUAGCACUGCGUGCAUGGCCAUUGCAGUUCAUCGCUGCCACUUCGGCUCAGCAUCCUCCAUGUUUGUCAUAUUGUGCACCUUUAAAGUACUGAUUUAAUUCACUGGUACAGACAGGGGAUCUUAACGUACAGUUCAAUUCAAUUUGAAUUGUAAUGCCCAAUAAAAACUCCCAAAAAAACACCUCUAUAAGGGUAAAAACAAUAGAAAUGGACGGUCACGUUGAGCAGUUGGGGGUUUGGUGCCUUGCUCAAGAGCACUUCGGCAGUGCCCAGGAGGCAAACUGGCACCUCUCCAGCCACCAGUCCAUGCUCAUAUUUGGUCUGGACAGGGACUUGAACUGGCAACCCUCUGGUUCUACUCUGUAUUUGAAAUAUUUUCACAAUAUAAUUUCCCAAACCAAAUUUUUUUCAGAUAUACCAUCAUCACGAACCUGCCAGGUAUUUCAGGAUUAAUCAAAUUAAUCAUUUUGUCCAUAAAAUGUCAAAAAAUUGUAAAAAAAAAAAAAAUGCUCAUCACAAUUUUUCCAUAGCCAAAAGUGACAUCCACAAAUCACUUUGUGACAAAGACAAGCAGCAAAUUCUCACAUUUAAGAAGCUGGACCCAGCUAAUGUUUGACAUUUUUCCUUAAAAUAUGACUGAAACUGUUAAUUAUAAAAUUAGCUGGCACUGUUACUCCUGUUUUCCCUCUUAAACAUGAAGUGUUACCCCUUUAUACCUUAACAUCUUGUCUUCUUCCCUGUGCCUCCAUAUGUUUCCCCAUAUAGUUACCCAGUAAGUAUUUCACUGAAAUGAUUACAAUAGAUAAAUUGUGGGCUGUAAUCUGAAGCAUUACCAACAGACCUGCUCUUCUCAUUGUACUGAGGCUUAUCAGAAAUGCAUGAAGCACUUUAUCACAUUAUUUUCUUUGUGCUUUCUGUCUCUGUUCCUCUUCACAAGACUUUACACUUGGUAUCUAACACCGCAGUUGGACUUUCUCCAAAGGGUCAAAAAAGCUUAUUGAACUUGAAAAACUUUAUCAUCGAAGUUGCGUGUGUUUGCAUAACCUAUAGAAACCAUGUGUUGAAUGUGAAUGGCUUUUU